AUGUUUUUGUUAAUUCUUUUAACGUCAAGAUUAUUCAUAGCCAACGCUACUUCUACACCUUCGGCUAGAUUUGCCCACACCAGCGUUUUAGUUAAUUCAAAAUUAUAUUUUAUUGGCGGUGAAUUGCAAAACGGUGCUGGCGUUUCAAAAGAAUUAUUUUUUCUCGAUUUAUCUGUUCCUUUUGAUACUUCUUCUCCACAAUGGACGGAUCUUUCUACAACUUCACCUGCCCCAGUUAAUAAUUCAUGGUGUAGUGCUUCAUUGGGUGGAUCCAAUAAUAAUAUAAUAUUUUUAAUUGGUGGUUUAAUGUUCGAUUCAAAUGAUAAAAUCAGUAAUUCGCUAGUUUAUACUUUUGAUGCAAUUGACCAAAUUUGGUCUUCUCCAAAGAUUUCUGGCCAUUCUCCACAAAGGCGUAAAGAAAUAACUUCCAUUGUAAAUCCUGAUGAUGAAAAAAUUUAUAUAUUUGGUGGACUAUCUGAUGCAACAACUGGUUCAUCCGAAUCUAUCUAUUUUAAUAACUUUAUUGUCUUAGAUACUAUUCAUUUAACUUGGGAUAUGAAAAAUUUUUCAUCUGCCCCUACAAAAAGAGCUGGCCAUACAUUGACAAUACAUAAUGAAAUACUCAUUUUGAUCGGUGGGAAAGAAAUUCAUAGUGAUGGUACUGCCAAGCUUGCAGAUAUGAAUAAAUAA